GUCUCGGAUUCCAUCAUGAACCGGCUACCAUCCUUCCUGCGGCCCACUCGGUCAGGCCCUCGAUACUCCGUUCGGCCGUUCUACGCAUCGCUGCUGGUAAUUACGACCCUUGCGGUAGCCAGCUGGACUUUGGGGAGGUAUGGAAAUGGACAAGCACAGGAGCGUACGGCACCGGGUGUACUUCUGCGGCGGGCCGACGAACCAGAGUGCCGCCUAGUUCGCAAUGUCAAAGAUCAAUGUGCAUAUGUGCGCGAGAACUGUCCCGACCAUCAGGACGGUCUCCUUUCCUACCUACAACUCUACUAUUGCGCCCUACCCGAUGCCAAACCACUGGCCUUCAUCAUCAUAGUUCUCUGGCUGUCGCUACUUUUCAGUACUAUUGGCAUCGCAGCCAGCGACUUCCUGUGUAUCGACUUGAGUACGUUAGCGAGCAUCCUGGGGUUGAGUGAAAGCCUCACGGGCGUAACCUUCCUCGCAUUCGGAAAUGGCAGUCCCGAUGUGUUCUCUACAUUCGCCGCAAUGCGGUCGAAUAGUGGGAGCUUGGCGAUCGGGGAGUUGAUUGGGGCCGCAACUUUCAUCACAUCUGUAGUAGCAGGCUCGAUGGCUUUGGUCCGACCGUUUAAGGUCGCGCGACGAAGCUUCGUCCGUGAUGUUGGGUUUUUCGUGAUCGCCGUCAGCUUUAGCAUGGUCUUGGUCGCCGAUGGUCGCCUCCAUGCUUGGGAGUCUGCUGCGAUGGUAGCGUUGUAUGUCUUCUACGUGAUACUUGUUGUUAGCUGGCACUGGUAUCUGGUUCGCUGCCGCAGGAAGUACGAACGAGAUCUAGCCGCCCGAACCCACUUCCAUAUACCCGACAAUCAAGAAUUGGACAUUGAUCAGCCGGUCGAAGAUGACGAUCCAGGCGUGGCCUCGGAAUCUCGCAGUCUCCUCCGGGGAGCGUCAACGGACGAUUUUGACCUUCUGGAAAGGUCAGGUGGCAUUCCCAGUUGGAAGGAAGAAGAAGAAGAGGAAGAUGAUGAGACCCGAAAUCGGUAUCUGGCAGAGAUCCGUGACAACAUGCAUGUCUACCGGCCUGCGACCCUGUCAAGGCGAAACACCAUUAAUCCAAUUCGCCCGAGUUUGGUCGGUGCACUUGAAUUCCAAUCAGUGCUUCAGGCACUUCAGAAGUCGAGAACCAGCAGGCAUAAUCCCACGAUCAGCUUAAGCAGUUACUCUGACGAUGGCGACGAUUCAUCUCAACCGUUCGAUACGCGUUCUAUAGCAUCGCAUCCUCGUGCUACCAGACCAACUACCAUCAACGACCGCCUGUCACCGCUUAGUGCAGAAGGGUCACGGGCCCGAGCUGUCUCAGCGAAUGAUGCCGAUGGUCUACAAAUUGAUGCCAGUGUUUUUGAUCGACAAAACCAGGCCCCUCGUCUGACCGUGAGGCGGCCCUCAAAUGAACACGUUGAAGGACCGAGUGCGAUGCAGGCUCCUCAACUUCCUCGUAUCGAUACCAAUGCGUUGUUGACUGCCUCUCCAUCAUCUUCAGAGCAUCCAUCGCCAAACACUAGCCCUACAAUCGGCCCCGCUGUCCCUCAAACACCAGAUCUUCUCGCUCCUCCCGGGGCUUUCAGCUCGCCAAACUAUCAGACCUCGACUGCGCAUGAUCGCUCUCCUCUCCCAGUAUCACCACGAGGAGGCAGUGGAAGCUACCACUCUGGACUCGAUCCAGAAAGCCCAGCUGUGCCUUUUCCUGCAUUCAUUGACAUACCUUCUGCUCCAUCAUCCCGAGCUCCCAGUAUUCGUUUGCCGAACCCAGUGGCGAGUCCGUCGGAGCAACUCAUGAUCCAUGACAGCCUGUAUAACACGGUCAACGACAAUGUGUCUUUGAAAGGCCCUUUGAUGAAGUGGUGGCCGAGUUCGGUCCUUCCUCCUGCUUCCCAAAUUGGCUGUACGCUUUUCCCAACUCUGGCUGGGUGGAAAUCCAAAAACAUAGCAGAGCGACUGCUGGGAAUAAUUGCUGCACCAAGUGUAUUCCUUCUUACAAUCACCGUUCCAGUCGUCGAGCCUCAAGUUUCCGAGUCUGACGAGCCCGAUCCGGUUCCUGCCGUGAUCAUCGAACAAGUUGGCGGUAACGGCAACCCAGCGCCUCGAGUAAGACUACCGGCAGACAGUCCAAUUCUUUAUCCUACGGGGCAUGAACACAUUGAGUCUUUCCCUGAUGGCCUUACCGCCCCCUCACACCCCCGUCGCAAGUCCACGCUUCACGAACCUGCGCCUCGUCCUCGUUGGGAUUCUGAGUUGCCAGCGGUGCCACAUCCAGCUCCAGAUGCAGCUUGUGUGGAAGUCAAGGACUGUAAUCGCUGGCUCAUUGCAAUCCAGCUUUUCACGGGGCCUUUUUUCGUCACUCUCAUUGCCUGGAGCACCGUAGAUGAAACUUUGGAUGCGAAGAACCUAAUCCUGCCUUCGUUGGUAUCCCUUCUCUUCUCGUUUUUGUGUCUGAGUGCCUUGAUUACAUCUACCCGUCGCCGUCGGCCAUGGCACAGUCACAGCCACGUUGACCAGUCAUACUUCCGUUCGCACGAAACGUCUGAACUGUGCAAACCCCAGGCGCUUCCAUCUGCGUGGCGACCUUUCCUGUCCCUCCUCGGAUUCUUGGUCGCAAUUUCCUGGAUUGCAACUAUCGCAACGGAGGUUGUUUCCGUACUCAAGACCAUCGGUGUGAUUUUGAACAUCUCCGACUCGCUCUUGGGAUUGACCAUCUUCGCCGUUGGUAACUCGCUCGGCGACCUAGUCGCUGACAUCACCGUCGCCCGACUUGGGUACCCCGUGAUGGCCUUGAGUGCCUGCUUCGGCGGACCCAUGCUCAACAUCCUCCUGGGAAUCGGCCUCGGAGGUUUAUAUAUGACUCUCAGCCCGGGUAAGUCCUCUCCUAAACAUGAUGAGAUGCUUAUUCGGGUCCCCUAUGAAAUCACCAUCUCCAAGAUGCUGGUCAUCAGUGGUGCAACCCUUUUGUUUGUUCUUGUUGGUCUUUUGAUUGUUAUUCCAUUGAACAAGUGGCGUAUGGAUCGCAGGAUUGGAUGGGGUUUGAUUGCAGUUUGGUGUGUGAGUACCUUGGGCAAUGUCAUUGCCGAGGUUACAUCAUGA